AUGCUAUUUGCAAGGGCUACUUAUGUUGCUUCAAUAAUAAGGCGCAGAAGCCUUCCAUUUAUCCAGCAAGUCCGAAAUGUCAGUCAAUCCAGUGAAUUUAAGGAUCUCGAUGGCGACCGUCCUCGACGCUCCUACCUAUACGUCCCAUGCUCAUCAGAGCGCAUGCUAAAUAAAUCACUCGAAACACCGUCAGACGUGAUAAUCUACGACCUCGAAGAUAGCGUCGCCCCCGAUGCCAAGGCAGGUGCUCGUACGGCCUUGGGCAAAUUCUUCAAUACUCGACAUGAACCGCCAUUACCACUUUCUUCCCGCGUAGCCGUCAGAUUGAACGCAGUCGACACGCCUUAUUUCGAAGAGGACGUUCGUGCAGCGGUUUCAAUCCCACACGUCCGCACACUCGUCCUCCCCAAAAUCCACUCCGCCGAGCACCUCGACGACGUAGCCGAACUCGUUUCCUGGGCGUCCAGCUCUGCAACACCGCAGCCUCGAACACAACCACUGCGUUUGGUCGCCAGUAUCGAGAGUGCUCGUGGAUUAUGGAAUAUCGGACAUAUUGCCGAGUGGAAAUCGCAUAAUGGACCUACGGGAGGCGUGCUUAGAGCUUUACUUUUUGCAGCAGAAGACUGUACGUCUUCCCCCUCCUCGUCCUACCCCUCCACUAACCCACUAACCAUCCCACCCACCACAGUCUGCGCAGACACAUCCAUUAUCCGCACACCCUCCCGCCUCGAACUCCUCCACACCCGCUCCCAAAUAGUCCUCGCCGCAAAAGCCUUCCAACUCGAAGCAAUCGACAUGGUCUGCGUAAACUAUAAAGACCCCUCCUACCUCCUCGACGAAUGUCAAGACGGUCGUCGACUAGGCUUCACUGGUAAACAAGCUAUUCAUCCUGCUCAGGUGGAGACUAUUCAGAAGACGUUCGUGCCUACUGAGAAGGAGAUCCUCCGCGCAGCACGUAUAGUCUCAGCAAUGCAAGCCUCCCACCUCGAAGGCCGCGGCGCCUUCGGCCUCGACCUCUCAGACGGUUCAGGCAGUCGAGAAAUGAUCGAUGCACCCAUGUUGAAACAGGCUGAAAAUGUGCUUCGGGUAGCAAAAGCCGCUGGUCUGGAAAUCCCUGAGGUUUAACGGAACGAACGAAAAUGAAGAUGGGAUGGAAUGUAAGAUUGUAUUUUUCUUCAAAUCACAGAAAUUGUAUAGCAGCAAGCCCUCUCUGCCUACAAGCAUGCAAAGCCACUGGACCUAAAGAAUAUUAAUCAAAAGGGACAUCCGUCUCUAGUCACC